UAUGUGGAUGUUGCGCGGCAGGGUAUGUCGGUCCGUUUUGUGUUGCGUGUCGAAGAACGCCGUUUAUGCAAACCUCACACCAAUUGUUCCCUUCCGUGAAUGUUUCUCUUUCAUCCCCAUGUCCCCAGGCUGGCGGGCCUCGAACGUUGGGUUUGGCGCGAAAGAGUUCGCGCUGAGUGUCAAUGGGGAGACUGGGGAUCAGGGAAUACAGCAAAGCAAGAAAGGGGAUGCGCUGACGCUCGCGUUGCGGGCUGGCGUGAAUGUGAUAGAUACGUCGGCCCACUUUCAUAAAGGACAGUCGGAGCAGUACGUUGGCAACGUGAUAAACCGCCAGAUUGAGGAGGGUAUCGUUACGCGAGAGUCCCUAAUCCUCGUAACAAAAGCGGGCCAUCACCCGCCUGUCCCAGCAACAUCCACCUCACCAUCCUACCCGUACGCCAACUUGGGGCCGAACGUGCUCGCACACUCUCUCGCCCCUGCGUUCUUGGAGGGCGAGUUGACCCGCUCGUUGGAGAGGCUAGGCGUCGAGUCUGUGGAUGUGUUCAUGGUGAACUGUCCGGAGAGGAUGGGUGCAGAUUUGGCCAAGAGAUUCACGACGGAGAAAGUGUACGACCUGAUUGGAGAGGCGUUUGCGUAUCUAGAUAAGGAGGUUCAGCGUGGCCGGAUCACCAGCUAUGGCCUCUCUUCCCAAUCCCUCAGCCCCAGCCCCACCGCCACGGCCACAACACUACACCUCCCCACCCUCCUAUCGCACCUCUCGCAAAGCUCCCGGACCCAUUCACCCACAUACCCGCCCAACCUCAGCACCGUUGAAUUCCCCUUCAAUAUCCUCGACACGGCAACAUACAACCGCGGCACGUACGAUGGCGCGGAGGGGGUGAUGCGGCAUGUGAUGAGGAGUGGGCUGUGGGCGGUGGUGAAUAGGCCGUUGUUGGGGGUUAGUAAGGGGGCGAGGAAGCUUGUCUCUUCGCCGAUUAGGGGCGGAAGUGGAAGUGGUGAGGACCCAUCCAACCUCGACACAAUGACAACACAUCUCAACCAACUCGUCGAGAUGGAACGAUCGUUACCUGUUUUAUUGAGCAUGGACGAUAGCAAGUUUUUGGAGGCGUUUGUUUGGGGACAGGCGAUCCAGGAAAACAUCACACAGCUGCUACAAAACCCCUACAUGGGCCGGCUAUACCUGACUUCUCGCGUUGCCCCCGCCGUGCCCGCCGCCUGUGCGGAGUUGAAGCAGCAUGGGAAGGAAGCGGAGGAGUGGUGUGCAGAGUAUUUGGCUGCAUACACCGCAUUUGCGUCCACCUUCCUACGCAUCCUCGACACGCGCCAAUCCAACGACAACACCAACCUUGCGUCGUUAUUGUCGUCGGCUGCGAAGGCAGGAGCGAUCAGCGCCGGCGUGAAAGGAUCGGCGCCAUUCACACCCGUGCCAAACACUCCCACCGCAACACCAUCAACACCAUCUCCGCCACCGACAUUGCAAACCAUCGCCCUCACAUGCGCAAGAUCGGCGUUGGCUCUGUCCAUGCCCAACGCAUCCACAUCAACGCCGUUGGAUGAGGACGACGAGGAUGAUGAGGCCAACGAGCCGGCGGGAACGGUGCUCGUCGGCAUGCAUCGCCCGGAGUAUGUGCGGGAUGUGCUGGGGAUCGUUACAGGGGAUGGGGCUCGGGGCCCGGUGCCGCUGGUCUCGAGGGAUGUGCUGGAGGAUGUGUUGGAGUGUGCGGGGCAGGUUGUUGUGUGAUGGCGGUGGGAAUCGGAUGGUGGAGAGGUGGCAGUCUAUACCAGUGUGAGGCAUUGCGUAGGAUAGAUGUAUAUAGACUCGAGAAUAUGCAUCUUCAAAAGUAGGUUCCUGACCACUAUGGCGUUGGACUCUGUGAGACCUCUGAGCAAGGAUUCGAAACCUUUCCGGACGCGUCACGUCAAGAAAGGUCCCCACGGGUGCUCUUGCAGUUCACUUCGAUCGGGAUGAACCGAACUAUGUCCGGGUCGACCGUCAUUGCUCUAUUCUAUUUGCGGUCACAUUUUUUCGUGCGAUAUCUCUCCCGAAGUCAUUUUGUGCGGUCUUCGACACGUUGAGAUGAUCACAACCUCCAUGAGAGAAAAUAAAAGCCUGGGUAGAGUCAUGAAUUGCGCAUGCAUUCCUGUAUAGAGUAAAACAUGCACUCCGCUCAUGCUGAAUCGCAUUGCCCUUUCUUUCACCCG